AUGCCCUUCCUAGGCCACCCCCUAACCGCCGUCAUAACGACCCUAAAAACCAUCACCCUAACACACGUAAUCUUCACCUACGCCUACAGCCCCGGUCUGGGGUCGGGCCCGUCGAUGCUGCCGACCUUCCUCGCGACGGCCGACUGGUUCGUCACGGACCGGCGGUUCCGGCGGGGCCGCGGUGUGAGCGUCGGCGACUGCGUCACCUACGCCAUCCCCGUCGAGCCCGGCCAGGAGGGCGUCAAGCGCGUGCUGGGCCUGCCGGGCGACUACGUGCUGCUGAACUCGCCGCCCGACGCCGACCUGGGCGUCAAGGGGAGGGGCUCGCGUGCUAUAGCCACAGCGGGGGAGAAUAUGAUACAGGUACCCAAGGGCCACUGCUACAUCGUGGGCGACAACCUGCCGUGGUCGCGCGACAGCCGGGACUUCGGGCCCCUGCCCAUGGGCCUCAUCAAGGGCAAGGUCGUGGCCAAGAUGUCCUUCGACGGCUGGUGGCCGCCGAACUGGUUCUCCAAGGUCGAGAGCGGGCUGCGGAGUCCUCCUCCCACAGCAACGGGAGCUUCACAUCCGCCUUCGUAG